AUGGCAGACGUACAAAACAAAGAAACAGUACAUAAUGCACCUUCGUCGUCAGCGCCGAAACGCAAAGCGCCAGACUCUACUCCCACCACUAUUAACUUCACAUCGCGCAAUCCGCCUUGGACCUAUCUCAAACUCCAGCUCAUCCCCCAACCAGACACACCACCCCUCCAACCCCUCGACGCCCUCUCCGCCCGCACAUACCUCUCCUCCGCACUCUCGCAAUUCCUAGGCGUAACAGGAACCGCGAUCCCCAUCGAUAUCCUCAAAGUUGAACCCAAGGGGACCAAAUCAAAUGGCCUGACAAAAUACGGCGCUGUCUGGGUUCGUGUUCCCCGCGACGAUGGGGCUGCUGUCGUUGCUGCGAUUAGUUCAUGGAUUGGGGGCAGUGGGAGCGGGUCGGGUGCUGCGUGGAGAGUCUGUGCCAAGGGGAAUUAUCUAGGCGCGUUGGUGUCUGGAUCUGGGAGUGAUUUGUUCGUUCCUUGA